UUGAAUGUUAUUGCGAUUUACUGUUUAUAGUAACCUUGACCGAAUAUAUUUGUCCGUGUCCCCUAAAUUAAUUCUGUAUUCAUCACUGACAUUUGGAAAGUUUCCACUUACGAAUUUAAUACCAAACACCUAAAAAUAAAUGGGAUUCGGCAGGGGGCGCUUCGAAAUCCUAAACAAAACGGUCCAACAUCUUUUAUAAAUGUUUAGAAAAUGAUGAAUUUGACAAGGAAAAGGUCUGUUCUGAAAGAUUGCUUGAAUUGUAAUAGAGACGAAUACAAAAUGAAGGUAAAUCCUGUUACAUAUGUUAACGAACGAGAACAACUGACAACGAUUGAAUUGAGGAAUGGAGUUAAAAUGCCUUUGCUUGGAAUUGGAACAUCUCACAGUGGAGGAUAUUCACACAAUGCUGUUGUUUAUGCUCUAAAGAAAUGUGGUUAUAGAUUAAUUGAUACUGCAAAAAGAUAUGGUUGUGAAAUAUUUUUGAAAGAUGCUAUAAAGGAAAGUGGUGUGAAUCGAGAAGAUAUUUUUUUAACAACCAAAUUAUGGCCAACAGAUUAUGGCUCCAUAUCUACCAGAAAAGCUUUUUAUGAAGCAAUGGAGAGAUUAGGUGUAGAUUAUUUAGAUUUAUUUAUGCUUCAUUGGCCUCUUUGUCCUAGUACAUGUUCUGACAAAUGGAAUUUAUUGCAUGAAACUUGGAGAACAUUAGAAUGCCUUUUAGAUGAAGGUCGCAUUUCUGCAAUUGGUGUUAGUAAUUGUAAUAUUGAUGAUCUUGUAAAAUUUCAAGAAAAUUGUACCAUAGUACCUCAUGUUAAUCAAGUUGAAUUUCAUCCUUAUCACAAUCUAAAGGAUCUUAGAGACUACUGCAAUGAAUAUAAAAUACAGUUUGAGGGUUAUUGUCCUUUAGGAAAAGGUAAGUUGUUAAAAGAAAAGCCAAUUAUUGAAGUGGCAAAACAUUGUAAUAGGACACCAGCCCAAGUUUUGAUUCGAUGGUCAAUUCAGAAUGAAGUGAUUACAAUUCCCAAAUCAACAAAGAUUGAACGAGUUAAGGAAAACUCAAUGGUUUUUGAUUUUGUAAUUCCUGAAAAAGAAAUGAAUAUUUUGAACAAUUUAAAUGAAAACAGACGUUAUAUUGAUAUCAGCAAUAUGCAAUAUAAAAUUGACAAUCCUCAACCAGAUGGAUAUAAACUGAAAAUGAUAGCUGAUAAUGGAGAAGAAAAACUGUAUUAUAGGAAUCACAGAAAAUAAAAACCUGACAUUGGACAAAACUAAUGUAUUUAGUUUGGAUAUUGUUUUGUUUUCAUCUUUAUAGUGUUUCCAUACAAAAUUUAACAAAUGCUGUUAACAGUA